UGUAUAUAUAACUCCCUUCCCUUUCCCUUUCUCUCUAGUCGUACCUCACACAACAAGAAGCCUUGCACGAGAAUAAGAAUAUAUGGGGAACUAUAUGCCUUCUGGUCGAAAUUCCACCGGCAAAAUUGUUCACUGGGAUGGCUCGAUUCAAGAAUUUGAUAAACCAGUGAUGGUGGCCGAGCUCAUGCUGGAGCACCCUCAACAGCUCGUGGUCGAGUUCCAUUCUGCUGUCAACCAGAGAAGGCCGAAUCCGUUGCCUGCCGAUCACAAUCUUCAAACUAACAGCAUAUAUCUGAUGAUUCCCAUGAAGCGAGGGAAGCCCCUCGGAUUAAACGCUCAGGACGCUCGUCGUUUUGUUUUGCUUCUCAACUCCGCCGGGCUGCAUUCCAGAUUUGUUCCUUGGGUUGCUCGCAUGUGUCAUCAUCCCAGUGCAGUGGCGGCAGGUCAUGUCACACAAAAAAAGCCACGGCUAUCGGAAAAGGAGCAGACGGAUGAGAUCCGCAGGAACGUGUUCCCUGAGGAGAUUCUGCAGCCUGAAAGACCCGAAUAUUUGAGUCGUGAGCUUUCUGGGAAAGGGUGGAAGCCCAGCUUGGACACGAUAACGGAGAAGAAAAUCGACACAAAAAUCUCCCACUGGCUGUUCUUCAAGGCUUUCUAGUGUUUUCGCUAUCUCCGGUGCCCCCUGGGCAUUCUCUAUUAUCGACGUAUGUAACUUACUAUAUGUAGUUUAAUGUUUAAUGAUAUACAUAUGUACGUAUCCAUCUUAGCCUUAGGUUAACGUCUCUCUUCUUGAUCAUCAUCAAAUUAAACAUGCUAAAGCCAUAUAUUGUAAUUUGUAAGGAAGGCCUUUGUUCUAUUUUGAUUUAGUCGAGUUCAAUUAGAGGCUCGAGUAGUUUUUAAGAAAUCCCAGUUUUGAAGCGACGAGUCCAAAUGUAUUAAAAAUUGUGCGUGACUUUAUUUAUUUGCUCGUUUUUUGUGAUAUCGUUAGAGUUUUUUUGGAACAGUGUAAUUAUCCAAUUAUUAUUUUUUGACUGAUAUUUUUUAAAAAAUAACAAUAGUAUA